AAGCUACGAGCUUUUCCCGCCUGAGACUGCCAACCGCCGGCGAUUGUAAGGCAGCGAACAAGAAGAAAUAAGAAACGACGAAGGGAAAGGAGAAAGUAAUCGGAAGACGAUGAGCGCCUCCGAUCUUCCGACGAAGGAAGCGAACGUGCUGAAAGGCCACGAGGGCGCCGUGCUAGCGGCGAGGUUCAACGCCGACGGCAACUAUUGCCUGAGCUGUGGCAAGGAUCGAACGAUUCGCCUCUGGAAUCCCCACCGUGGCAUCCACAUCAAGACCUACAAAUCGCACGGCCGGGAAGUCCGCGAUGUCCACGUCACGCCGGAUAAUUCGAAGCUGGUCUCGUGCGGCGGCGAUCGGCAGGUGUUCUAUUGGGAUGUGUCCACCGGCAGAGUGAUCAGAAAGUUCCGGGGACAUGAGAGUGAGGUGAAUGCUGUGAAGUUCAAUGAGUAUGCAUCUGUGGCGGUAUCAGCUGGAUAUGAUCAAUCCUUGCGCAGUUGGGAUUGCCGGUCUCAUAGUACUGAACCUAUUCAGAUCAUUGAUACGUUUUCCGAUAGUGUGAUGUCUGUUUGCUUGACGAAAACCGAGAUCAUUGCUGGGAGUGUUGAUGGCACGGUUAGAACGUUCGACAUUCGAGUUGGGAGAGAAAUUUCGGACAAUUUGGGGCAACCUGUUAACUGUAUAUCUUUGUCGAAUGAUGGUAACUGCAUCUUAGCUAGUUGCUUGGAUUCUACCUUGCGCCUUUUGGACAGAACGACGGGCGAGCUCUUGCAAGAAUAUAAAGGGCAUACUUGUAGAUCUUUCAAGAUGGACUGCUGCCUUACAAAUACGGAUGCCCAUGUAACUGGUGGAUCGGAGGAUGGGUAUGUUUACUUCUGGGAUCUUGUCGAUGCAAGUGUUGUUUCAAGGUUCAGAGCACAUGCUUCAGUGGUAACGAGUGUGAGUUACCAUCCAAAGGAUAGUUGCAUGGUGACUGCAUCUGUGGACGGCACAAUCCGUGUAUGGAAGACCUGAAAGACAAAAUUCGGGGCAAAGAAGCAACCUUUUCCUGAUGCCAUCUAUACCAGAAAGCUACCUCUGCUAGUUUCCGUCGAAAAGGAAGGAUCUUUACAUGGCAAGUUGAGCUGCAUUCAAGUCGAAUUAGUUCCCCGGGCUUCUUUCUUCCACCUGCAAAGCUUAUUGAAGGAGCAGGCUGAUAUUUUACUCUGCAAAAUGAAGACUGCCUGAAUUCUUGGGAGGAAAAGCUUGAAACUGUAUGAGAGUUGGAGAUGCUUUGUAUUUAACUAUUUUCUGAAAAAACUGAUAUCUUCAAACCUCUAGAUUGCAGCAUAUUAAGUUAUCAUGUUGUAUGAAUCAAUACAGCUACUGAUUGAAGUCGUAUGCGACUGGUACAUGAUCCAUCGUUAUGCGCCUCUUCUUAUAAUUCGAAUUGUUGAUAGCAUUCUCAUGGUAUUAGUGCC